AUGCCUGGAAGAGUCGCCGGCUCCUCAGCCAAAGGCGCCGCUGCUGCCUCGAAACCACGCACCUCUCGAACCGCUAGAGCCGCUGCCUCGUCGCCAGCUACAAACAUUCCUGACGAAGGACCGACCACCAAGCUGCGAAACCAUGUCGCUGCUGUCUUCUCCGAUGCCCAAAAGUCAAACACUGGCCACCGAAAGCUGGUCAUCAACCUGCGAAAGAUUCAAGAGGCCUGUUGUUACGAGCCUCUGAGCUCCAAGAAGAACCAGGCCGAGUACGACUUUGACGAGGAUGAUUUCAACACCGAAGUCGUGCGCUGUGUCCUGCGUGUCCUGCCCAUCAAGAAGAGCGAGACUGUCGGUGAUCGCAUCGUCAAGUUUCUGGGCAUUUUCUUGCGAGUCGCCAGCGAAAAGGACAAUCAACUUGUAGCUGAUCAGGAUGGUGCACUACCAGAGACUCCUACUUCGCGCCUGACCAACGCCAUCCUCAACACUUUGUUACAGCUCCUCUCGACUAAAGACAAAAUUGUGCGAUUCAGAGCCACUCAAAUCAGCGCUCACAUCAUCAACACUCUCGAUACUCUGGAUGAUCAAAUGUUCCAUCUGCUUCGUCUAGCUCUACUCAAGCGUAUCCACGAUAAAGAGUCCUCGGUCCGAAUGCACGCCAUCUACGGUCUGAGUCGCCUCGCUGCCGAGCUCGAUGAAGACGAGCAAGAUGAAGACAGCGACGACGACGAUGCCAGCUCGGGUGUCUUGGAAAAACUUCUCAACGUCCUACAGAACGACCCAUCUGCCGAAGUUCGCCGAGCCCUUCUUCUCAACCUACCACUCACACCUACCACCCUUCCAUACCUACUCGAGCGCGCAAGAGACUUGGAUGCUGCCACACGUCGCGCAUUGUACGCUCGUCUUCUACCAGCAUUGGGCGAUUUCAGACAUCUCAGUCUGACACACAGAGAAAAGCUGCUUCGAUGGGGUCUUCGCGAUCGUGAUGAGACGGUCCGCAAAGCCACUGCUCGCUUGUUCAGAGAGCGCUGGAUCGAGGACUGUGCUGCUCUACCUGCAGCUACAGCUCCCGAAGAAGAGACGGAUGAUGGCAAGAAGAAGCCUGGUGUCACAAAAGCCGCCGAUCCUAGUCUCGAUGCACUUCUCGAAUUGCUCGAGCGCAUAGACGUCGCAAACUCUGGAAAUGCCGGAGGCGUGGCGCUUGAAGCCAUGAGCGAGUUCUGGGACGGUCGCCCUGACUACAGAGAGUAUGUCACUUUCGACUCGGAAGCCUUCUGGGACGAGCUCUCACCAGAAAGUGUCUUUGUUGCUCGCACGUUCAACGACUACUGUCGCGCCAAAGAUGCUCAAGGUGACGGAAGAUUGCUAGACAUGCUGGAAAUGAAGAUGCCCGAAGUCACAAAGUUCGGUUUCCUGCUCGAGAUUCAGAUCAACAAGCUGAUCGAAUGCGUGCGUGGAGCUGCAACUGGUGGACCCGACGGAGACGGCGACGAAGAAAUGGAGGAGGAGAGUGUUCAGCGCGAGUUCAUUGUUGAGCAGAUGCUUCAUAUGGCCAUCAGCUUUGACUACAGCGACGAAGUCGGUCGCAGAAAGAUGUUUGGCCUCAUGCGCGAAGCUCUCACCAUGCCCGAAUUGCCAGAAGAGUCGACCAGGCUGGCAGUAGAGACUUUGCGUCUGGUCUGCGGAGACGACAGAAGCGACAAAGGCGAGAGCGAUUUCUGCGGUAUUGUUCUCGAAGCUAUUGCUGAAGUCCAUGAUACUAUCAUGGGUGAUGAGGGCGACAAGACAAAAAGCUCGACAGGAGAGGAGAGUUUCCAUUCUGCAAGAAGUGAAGUCAGCAAUGAUGACUCGGCGAGAAGAGUUAAGAACUCUAAGCGCUCGGGAGGUGAUGAUGAUGAAGAAGAGGAGCACGAUGAGGAGAAGGCCAUCCGUGAGAUCAUGGUCAACAUGAAGUGCUUGCAUAUUGCACAGUGCAUGCUUCAGAACAUCCAAUGCGAGCUCGAGCAGACGGUACCUUUGGUGACUAUGCUCAACAACCUUAUUGUUCCAGCAGUCAGAAGCCAGGAAGCGCCCAUAAGAGAGCGCGGUCUGGUCUGUCUAGGUCUUUGCUGUUUACUUGGAAAGAACCUCGCGCAAGAGAACCUUACUCUCUUCUUGCACUGUUUCAUCAAAGGUCACGCAUCUUUGCAAACCAUCUGCCUUCAAAUCAUCACAGACAUCCUCACAACACAUCCAUCGUUACUGGCCCCUGUCGCAUCAUCAGCUGACGGCGAUGAGACAUCGGCCACGGUUUCCGCUUCUGAGCCCUCGCCAAUGCUCAAACCUGUUCUCAAGGUAUUCUCAAAGUCGCUGAAAUCGGAAGACUUGGAUGUUCAGUCGACUGGCGCGUCAGCGUUAUCGAAGCUCAUGCUUUCACAACUGAUCACAGAUCCUGACUUGCUCAAGGGCCUGGUCAUUGCAUUCUUCGAUCCUGAGACCAGCGCCAAUGCUUCUCUCAGACAAGCGCUGACAUACUUCUUGCCUGUGUAUUGUCAUUCAAGAGCGGCAAACGCUGAGAGAAUGGCCAAUAUUGCUACAGGAGUCAUCUCUCGCCUUGCUGCUCUCAGAGAAGCCUUUAUCGAGGAGGAGGACGUCGAAGAAGACGCGAUGGUGACGCUGAGUGUAGUCGGUGGCAUGCUCGUUGACUGGACAGACCCUCGCAAGAUUAUUGGCAGCAGCGAAGAAGCAAAGACUGGCAAGCUUAGAGUUGAAGAGGGAGCUGCUCCUGAUAGCGAUAUGAUUCACUUUGUGCUUGCAGAGCAGAUCCUUGAGAAGCUGGUGACAAGUCAAACAAGCAAGGACGAACGCAAGGUUCUAUUCUCAAUGCUUAGCAAGCUUCAUUUGACCGUGUCCUCUCCGGAUCCUGGCCUCCUCCGUACUGUGCUUGAGCUGGUCGCAGAGGCAAUCGAAUCCAAGGUGGCAUCCGACGCAACCAGCCGUAAUGCUCUUGCCAAGAUGCAGACAACGUUACUCAAGCUCAUGCACGACAUUGCAACAGCAGAAAGAGGCGGCGGCGGCGAGGAAACGGUCGUUGAAGAUGUCACCGCCGUGCAGAGGACAGACGCCGAUGAGACAGCACAGUCUGUGACGGGCGCAGAUGCAAGGGAAGAGGAAGAAGAAGAAGAAGAAGAGGCCACAGAAGUUGAGGCUGAAGAUGAUCCGGUCAAUGCACAGUUGCGUCGAGAACUUGAGUCAACAAGGAUUGAGGAUCCCGAUGCCGAGGGCACGAGGAUGGACAUGGACGAGGAGAUGGAAGACUACGACUUCAGUGGCAUGGCGGACGACAAGGAUGUUCAGGCAUUGAUGGACAGCAUGGUGGACGACGAUGAUGACUUGAUUGAGUAG